AUGGUGGUCAUUUCUCUUGACAGUCGGGCCGUCGCACGCAUUCCACCUCUUCUAUGGUUGUGGUGGGGUCUAUACCGAGCUGUUGGGGCAGCUACUGGAGGGGGCACAUCAGCAUUUUCUCUUACCCUCCUGGGGGGUGUAUCUUCGUUUGAACUCAUCUUCUUUGCGUCUCACCCUUCAGAUUUUGCUAAGUCGUGGGGCUUCCUCUUGUUCUUUUUCAAGAACAAAUCAUUUUUCAAGGGGAAUGCCCAAAUGCUCCUCUUUAAUAAGUUUUCACCACAUGGGCCACCUCUACUAGUGACAAGACUUAACAUUUACACUUAUGACAAAUGUCCUAUCAAUCAUUCUAGUAAGAUCUUUAUGCAGAGGAUCUCUUGGGAGAAGUGUCUAUGGAAGAUGCUGCUUUAUGAUUCAGAGGCUGCUACCUCGACUACAGAGCUUCGGCCAACAGGGUCUCAUGCACAUUCAAAGGGCCUCGGCAUAUGGGCUUCGAAAGCUCCUCAAGAAGCAAUAAUAGAUGGGCCUCGAAUCUGGAAUAGUUUAGCUGACAGCCAUUUAACCUUAAUAUGGUCUGCCUCGUUAAGAAUUAACAAACACAUCAAUAUCCAGCUAUUCACACAAUCAUCAGCUACUCAUCCUGGUUGUCACAUUUAUGUUACACCCACAAAUUUCUGUUCUCUAUUUUCUCUUCUAUCAAACUUUUGCUCUUACUUCAACUCCAAGCUUCUUGCACUUAAUGUGUCAAAACUUCAAUCUGAUUCUGACUGGUCACCAGCCCAAGUCAGCUGGUAUGGAAGCCCCAGUGGUGCAGGAAGCGAUGGAGGGGCUUGUGGAUAUGGAGAUGCUGUGGGGAAACCACCUUUUUCUUCCUUAACAACUGCUGCUGCUGCUUCUCUAUUCAAAGCAGGAAGGAGCUGUGGAGCUUGUUAUCAGGUAAAAUGUAAAGAAAAUAUUGCGUGCUCUGGGAAUCCGGUUACUGUAGUUAUAACAGAUGAGUGUCCUGGUUGUGACCCAGAACCAGUUCUGUUUGAUUUAAGUGGCACUUCCUUUGGAGCCAUGGCACUUCCUGGCAAAGCUGAUCAACUCAGGAACGCUGGACGACUCGACAUACAAUAUAGAAGAGUGGAUUGCAAUUAUCCUGGAGUAUUACUAACUUUUCUAGUCGACACGGGUUCCAGUGACUACUAUUUUGCUACUGUGAUUGAAUAUGUAAAUGGGGAUGGUGAGCUUGCAGGAGUUGAGCUCAAAGCAUUGGACUCAAAUUCGUAUCUCCCAAUGCAACAAUCUUGGGGUGAAGUGUGGAAACUCAAUUCAGAAAAUCCAUUGAAAGCCCCAUUCUCCAUUAAGUUAACUGAGGAUUCUGGGAAGAGUCUUGUGGCGGACAAUGUAAUACCUGACGGAUGGAAACCUGGACAGAUUUAUACUUCAAUUGUCAAUUUCUGAACUUAA